UGUUACACCAAACACACCAUGUCGGUUACUGAACACACGAUGGAGUCUGAACGCAGCGGGCAAAUAGAAAAUAAUCAAACUGAAAUAGAAACAGAAAAGAGUUCGGACCCCACUUGUGAUACCAAACAGCACAUCACCAGCAAUAAUGAAAACACAGAUGAUCCUUUUAAGAAACCGGUUAUUUUCGCGGCUCCAUCUCUCACGGCGAGGAAACCAGGAGGAUCAAACUCAACCAAGAAACUCACUGAAGAAUCAAGAUCAGAGAAUAACGACACACAUCUUAAUACUAAACACCAGCCGACAGACACUCAAACAGACCCAUCCGAUCAUCCAUCAUCCGAGAAAGCUGAGGCACAGAAGGUCCAGCCCAAACCAAAAGACAUCAGACCCAAGAUCACUGCCAAACUACCUCCGCCGGGCAAGUUUCCUCCUGUCCCGUACACCGAGCCCCCGUGGGGAUCUGUUCCUGACAUCAGCUACUCGUUCGAGCUGCUGAAAAACGGGGCGAUACUAGACGCGGUCCCGCUGACCCAGAGGAGUUACUUCGUGGUGGGUCGGCUGCCGGUGUGUGACGUGUCUCUGGAGCAUCCGUCCAUCUCCCGCUAUCACGCUGUGGUUCAGUACCGGGGCACAGCCGGGCAGGACGGGGGCCUGGGAGAGGACAUGGGCUUCUAUGCCUAUGAUCUGGGCAGCACUCAUGGGACUUUUGUGAAUAAGAACAAAAUACCCCCUAAAACAUACAUAAGGCUCCGAGUGGGACAUGUUUUAAAGUUCGGGGGAAGCACAAGACUCUUUAUUCUGCAGGGUCCAGAGUUUGACGAAGAAGCAGAAUCUGAACUGACGGUGACAGAGCUCAGAGAACGUGCUAGAAAACAGAAAGAAGCGCUGGAGAAGAGGAUGCUGGGUGAUGGCUCAGAUGAGGAGGAAGAGAAAGAGGAGAGUGAAUCCAGUGCUACAACGAGAAGCUCCUCAGAAGAUACUGGCUGCUCGUGGGGAAUGGAUGAAGAGGCAGUGCCAGAAGAGGAUGAGAAUGAGGAGAAUCCAUUUGCCACAGAAUUCCAGGAGGAUCAGGAAGCGGCUUACUUAAAAGAUCCUAAAAAGGCCUUACAGGGCUUCUAUGAUAGAGAAGGAGAAGAACUAGAGUUUGAAUAUGAAGAGAAAGGCCAUGGCUCCUGGCUCUGCAGAAUUAAGUUGCCGGUGGAUGAUGCCAUGGGCAGGCAGCUGAUGUCUGAGGUGACGCACACAGGGAAGAAGAAAGACGCUGCCGUCCAGUGCUGUUUAGAGGCCUGCCGGAUCCUGGAGGCUCGAGGUCUUCUCAGACAGGAAGCAGUGUCCCGCAAACGCAAGAAGAAGAACUGGGAAGAUGAAGAUUUUUAUGACAGUGAUGAUGACACAUUCCUUGACCGGACAGGAGUGGUGGAGAAGAAGAGGAAGGAGCGCAUGAAGAAGGCCGGAAAGAUUCAGGAGCGUCCUGAUACGUAUGAAUCGCUGCUAGCCAAACUGGCCAAGGUUGAAAAAGAGCUGGCUGACACUGAGAAAAGGCUCAGUUCUUCUGGGAAAGGAGGCUCCAGCUCUUCCACAGAGGAUUCUCUGGAUGCUUUCAUGAGCGCAGUCCGGAGUGAGGUGGCUCUGGAUGGGGUGGAGAGGAAGAAGCUUCAUUUACACGUAGCUGAGCUGAAGAAGGAAGGUCAGAGACUGCGCAAGCUAGCGGAUCUGGCUAAACCGACCCAGAUGCCCUCAUUACAGCCCGGCGGUAGUCAGUCCACGGACUCUGAGAAACCGAAGAAGUUAUCUCUACCUAUGUUUGGAGCCAUGAAAGGAGGGAAUAAAUUCAAACUGAAGACUGGAACAAUAGGAACUUUACCCCCAAAGCGAGCCAAUCUGCCUCCUGAGCUCUUCAAUAUGAAGGAACUGCCCCCUGGUGGUGAGAAAGAGGAAGAAGAAGAAGAGGAGGAGGAAGAAAACAACAAGACUGAGGCUGGUAUCACAGAUGGUGUCAUGGAGGUUAUUCAGUCUGCAGAGACGGCCAGCUCAGACAGCGCACACCACACUAAUGAGAAAGAAGACCAUGAGGACCAGCCUGCUAAGAAAGUUACAUUUCAUGUAAAAGAAAAAAACAAGUCAUCCAAUCUUCAAAAAAACAAAAGUGACUCUGCUCCAAAAGCAGAAGGAGUAGACCAUGAUGUAUCAAAUGAUCAGAGUACAAAGACAAGUACAAAGAAGAAAGCUAUUGGCCCAAGCAGGCCUCCUGUGACCAUGUCCAAGCAGUACCCAGAGGACGACCCUGACUACUGCGUGUGGCUUCCUCCAUCAGGUCAGACUGGCGACGGGCAGACACAUCUGAACGAGAAGUACGGAUACUAAAUACAGAGUGAAGACUUCCUCACUAAAAUGGAAUCAGCCCAACCGUUCAUCUUAGUCUUUGGGAGUGGGCAGAUCGAUCAUUUUCUCUCUGUGUCCUUUCUCCCAACUUUAUA